ACAUUGAAGAUCAAAUUUCAAUUAACAUUUAAACUAAUAUUUCAAUCUCGUAUCAUUCAUAUAUCGUCUAUAUGUCAUCUAAUCUUCAUUCAUGACGUCAUCAUUUCCUUAGAAAGUAAUGAUAAUAUAACACAAUUGGUCUACGCCCGAAGUUAAAGUGAUGCUUACGUAGAACGAUAUAUACAAUUUGUACAAAAAUGCAAUCAAUCAAAAAAUGUUUAUUUCAAAAUAUUAUAUGUGUUAGAUUAUUUCAUUUUUAAUAAAUGUAUUCAUCCUUAUUGUAUUUAAUAUGUAUUUAUUACAAAUAUUUAUUGUUUUUGUAAAUGUUAUACUUAUGAAACAUGAGUAUUUUUGAAUCUUAUUUCAGUUUGAAAUGUGUAUUAAAUCGUGAAUCGUAAAAAUUGUGAUAGUUUCAAAUACUUCAAUAAAAUGAAUCCAGAAAUUAUCGUUUUAAAUGAUUCAAAUGAAUCUGAUAUAUCUGUUGAAUUAAAUGAUAAAUUAAAAAAUAUUAAAAAAAAAAUAAAAAAAAAUUUUUAAUUCGAUGACUAUGAUUCAAGCGAUUUUGAAUUUCCCGAAAUACAAUUCUAUCAUCUCAUUACUGAAAAUAAUGAAGAUGAAUUACAGAAUAUUUAUAAUAAAGAUUCACUUACUUCUAAUAUUCAUGCAUCAUCAUAUCAAACCAAUGAUAAAUAUACUGUUAAUAAAAAUUUAAAACAAUAUAAUAUGAUUGGAAAGUCUUUAUAUAUUGACAAUAAUUCAUUUACUUCUACUAAAAAUUACGAUGAACAAAAUAAAAACAAUUGCAAAACAAAAAAAAAGAAGAAAAAAAUUCAACAAAUGAUGAAAGAAAAAGCAUUAAAAACAAUUGCAAUUAAAAAAUCAAAAAAUAUAAAACCUGGUGAAUGUUUGAAAUUUAUGGAAGUUGUUAUUGAUAAAGGUAUUGAAAAUUUUUCUUAUAUUACAGAUAUAAUAAGUACAUUAUUAAAUACCAAUUUGCAAUAUAGCAUUAAAUCACAAUUCAUUUCAAAUAGUAUUACAUGGAAGAAUAUCGAAAAUCAUUAUGUUAAUGAAAAUAAUGAAAUAUGUACUAUAACAAAUAUUGAAAAUAUUGACCAAAUAUUGAUAAUUUGGAAUUGGGAUGAAACAGUAAUAAAAAUUGCAAAUGAUAGUUUUUGUACAUCUAUUUCUGACAUCAAAUCUUUAUUACCAAAUUACAAAAUAAUAUUAGUAAUUUUUGGAAUAGAAAAUUAUUUUGCAUAUAAAAUGCAAGAAAAAAAUUCAGAUAAAAGUGAAACAAAAAACAAAAAACAAAAAAUUAAUACUAAAAAUAAUCUUGAAUAUAAAAACUUUGUAGAAAUAUCAAGAAGACAAUUUGAAACAUGUCUCAAUGAAAUACAAAUUGCUGCAGAUUGUAGCAGUAGAUUAAUUAAUAAUUCUCAAGAUUUAGCAUUAAUGAUAUAUCAAUGUACAAAAGCUAUAGCAGAAAUACCAUAUAAAUUAGAAAAAAAUAAAAGUUUAAUAAACAAAUUUAAUUGGUACAUACUAGGAGACAAUAGAAAUACUGUAAAAGUAGAUAAAGAUGGAAAUGGAUUAAAAAGAUUAUGGCAACAACAGCUUUGUCAAUUUAAUUUGAGUAGUCUUGAAAUUGCAGAAGCAAUUUGUUCUGUGUAUCCAUGUCCUGCAGAUUUAAUAGAAAUUUAUAUAAACUGUACAGAUGAUGAAGGAAUAAAUUUAUUGAAAGAUAUUCCGAUUAGAAGAGCAGCUGGACCUCUUACUGCUGUACGUAAAGUUGGUCCGGAAUUAAGUAAAAAGAUUUAUUUAAUGUUUACAUCUAAAAAUGGUGAAAGUGUAUUAAGUUGAAUAUAUUUUUUAAUAAAAUUUAAUAAAGUACAAAUAGAAAUGUCAUA